AGUGCACCUUAAAAGCUUGCGUACAUACGUAGCGGUAAAGCGCGGUAGUGCAACAAAUAACGCGCAGAGAUUAAUAGGGAAACUGUAAAUGUGCUUGCCACCAGCGACUGCAACUUUCAUUUGCUGCCACUGACAAAACAUAGCCAGCCAUAUCCCCAAAUGAAGUGACAAAAGAAAUUGCUGCAGAAGUUCUGAAACAAGUGCGAACACAGCAAAACAAGAAUAAAAUAAACAAAACAAAAAAAGAAUUUAGUGUAAAAGUGAGAACACAGUGUAAACGCUAAACAACAGGUGAACUUUGCAACUUAAAUAUUAACCUGCGUCUCCGAGGAAAAUUUCAUGAGCACUACAUACUUGCAACCGACACAAAAGCUGCUGAACUGAUAUGCUUUACAACCAGAUCAAAUUGAAUUAGUCGCGAAAGUGUUAUCAACAGCUGUUUAAAGAUUAACGCAGAGAACACUUGAGAGCAUUGCUAAGCGGGUCGACUACUCCGCCAAAUUCGACGUCGAGCGCAACAAGAGGGCUACUUUCCAUAAAAGUUUCAGACAAACUGCCAAUAAAGUGGAACUUUUUUCCUUCAGCACACAAAACACACACACAGUUACAUGCACACGGACACAGAUACACAGUGAAUACACAGUGAAUCAAAUCACUUACUCAGACUACUCUACUGGUUAUAGUUGAUCAAUCGUUGAAUACUUUGUGGCAAGUGAAUGCAAGUUGAAGAAGAAGAAUAAGAAAGGAAAAGAAUUUGCAGAAAUCGUGCAACAUUUGAAGUAAUUAAAAUUUAGUUCCAAAAGUAAAAUCGACAAAGUGCACCCAAAAAGAAAGCGAAAAAGAGAAAAAAAGUGACGAAAGUUUACAUUUGCAAUAACAACAACUACAAAAGCAACCAAUCGAUAAUCGAAAAGUAAGUUAGAGAAAAAUAGCAAAUAAAGAAAAGUGCAAAACCAAGUUGCAACAAAGGGCGCGUGCAUGCAACAUUCCGGCCGCAUGUGGCAGCGGCAGCGGCUCGGCUGUGGCACAGUGCAAUCGAAUAAUUAAUUCAAUGCACUUAAAAUUGCAGUUUUCAACUUGAGAAACGACGAGAAAAUCGCAUUUAGCCCAAAACUACAGAUAUACUGCAACAAUAACAACAACUACAACAAAAAGAACACAAAUAAUAAUCACAGUGAACGAGUGGCGAUACAAAACUAAACUAAACUAAAAGUGAAAUAAAAAAAAAGCAAAAACAAAUUAAGCGAAAGAAAAAAACCGAGAGUUGAGAAUAGAUAAGCAGCCGAGAGUAGCGAAAAGCGUGGCAAAGUUAGCGUGACAAAGUUUCAUUUGUUGGCAAAUUGAAGCGGCGUGCAGCCUGCUCGACAGCAAGUGAGCGCCAAGUGGAGCCGAGAGGGGCUGAGGGGUGAGUGAGCCAGCGACCGCCUGCUGUGUGAACAACAAAAAUGACGUGCGCCGCUCAUAGACUAAAUUGCAUAAAUUCACAAAUACAAAAACAAGAACAAGAACAACAACAAAGAGUUGGACAUCUGGCAGCAUCCAUCAGCGGUUGCAACAACGACAGCGGCAACGGCAGCGAAAAAUACGCAAAAGUGAAAAGUUGCAAAUUGAUGUCGACGCAACAGCGUGCCACACGCGCACACGCCAUACCCCACCACGGCCAACACCAGCAGCAGCAGCAACAACCACAACAAAAACAACUACAGCAGCAACAAGAGUUGCGCGCAGCUGACAUAAAUUGUAACGGUGUUGGUGGCUGCAACACCGACGAAUUACUUGCAGCACAAGCAGAACAGAAGCAACAACAAAAACCAACACACAACUCCACCACCUCCAAAAUGUAUGACAGCAACAACUUGCAACACUCGCUAGAAGAAGUGGAAAAAAGGCAGUCACCAAAAGCGUCGCUACCAUCACCACCACCACCACGACCACUUUUACCACAAAUGUAAAUAGCGUCCAAUCACGGCGGCAUCAGUUGCAACGGCAUCAACAGCUCACUCUGGUGUGCAUGCUGUUAGGUGAGCGCAAUAGUUGCAGUAAAAUUAGCAGCAACAGCAUCACAGCAACACGAAUGCAUAACGGUGGCAGCAACAACAGCAGACAGCAUCAGCGGCAGCUAAAGCAACAACAACCGAAAUCCUUCGCCGGUUACACACGCCUCUUCAGCGUCCUGUUGCUGUUCGCCUUGCAGCAUGUUCCAAGCGUGUUGGCGUCAAGUAAUUUGAUGAACAAGCAUGAGCCGAUGUUCAUUUCACGUUCGGAGACAUUCAAAUUUGUUGCUGGGGACACAAUAAGAUUGCCAUGCGAAGUUGCCAAUACAGAUCCUUAUGUGGUUGCAUGGAAGCGUGGCAUCGCCAUACUCACCGCCGGCAAUGUGAAGGUAACACCGGAUCCACGUGUGUCGCGCGCCGAGCGAUUCAACUUGCAGAUACGUGACGCAGUGCCACAGGAUGCCGGCGACUACAUCUGCCAGAUCGCCACAAUGGAGCCGCGCGAAAUUACGCACACAGUCGAGAUCUUGGUGCCACCAAGGAUCCAUCACAUUAGCACCGGCGGACAUUUGCAAGUCAAAAAGGGCUCGUCGGUGCGUAUUGAGUGCUCGGCCUCCGGUAAUCCGACGCCGAACGUAACUUGGAGUCGUAAGAAUAAUAUUUUGCCCAACGGCGAGGAGAAGCUGCACUCGCACAUCCUGUCGAUCGAGAACGUGGACCGGCACAAGGGCGGCGUCUACAUUUGUACAGCCAACAACGGAGUCGGUCAACCGGCAUCCAGUCAAGUCGUCCUGCAUGUCCUAUAUCCACCAGAAAUAUCCGUUGAACGUCCUAUAGUCUUCUCCGGCGAAGGACACGAGGCAAUGCUGGUCUGCAUAGUCCAUGGGGAAACACAACCUGAGGUGCUUUGGUUCAAGGACACCAUGCAACUGGACACCACCGAACGUCACAUCAUGGAGAAUCGCGGCUCACGUCACACGCUGAUUAUACGGAAAGUACAUCCUCAGGACUUUGGUAAUUAUUCUUGUGUGGCCGAGAAUCAGCUGGGUAAAGCACGGAAAACUUUGCAACUGAGCGGGAAACCAAACAUUGCCGUCUUCAAUUCGCCGCCAGUCAGUCAGUAUAAGGACAGAUACAACAUUUCUUGGACCGUGGACUCACACACACCCAUCGAAGAGUACAAGCUGUCCUUCCGAAGGUUGCCGCAAGGACACGAGGUCGAUAACUCCAUCGAUACGCACACCGGCUCGUCAUCCUCCUCGACGCUGCUGCAGAUGUAUGGCGGUGGCGGCGCAGUCGGUGGUGGCAGCAUGGGCGGCGGCUUGCUUGGCAGCCAGCACAAUCAUCGUCUUGGCAGCGGUUUGGGCGCCGGUCUCAGCAGCUACGGCAAUGUGAUGCACUGGGGUCGUAACGAUUGGCGCGAUGUGGUGCUCGCUGCGAUGCCAUUGUCACAUCAUUACACCCAGGGGAUGAGUUAUAUGAUACGCGGACUCGAUCCGGACCAGCACUACGAGGCCACUGUGCAAGCAAGGAAUCGUUAUGGUUGGAGUGACUUGACGCACAGCUUCCUCUUCUCGACAUCUUCGAAUGAUGGACUUAUUGAUCUAUCAUCUUUUCUAAAUCACGGUUCGUCAGACAAUGAGAUGCGGGACCUGAGUGUCACAUUCUAUGGCAGCGGUGCCACACACAAACUGCGCUUGAGCCUCACCACGCUCUCAGUUGUGACACUCAUGCUGGUGAAAGUCAACAAAAGCUUUUGGGUCUAAACACUGCAUAAAAAACCGGUGAAGAGGAAUGUGAGUUGGAAUUUUACAAAAUCCCUAAUUAUUGGGGCUAAAGUUGAUAUUAUGCAAUCAGAUUACUUUUAUAACUGUAAAACUAAAGCAGAAAUAGAGAGUAAAAGAGAGAUGGAAAGGAAGAAAAAGUUGGGCAGUGUUGCAGAAACAGAAAAAGCAAGAGAUCUAAUUGUAGAAAGACAAAAUGUGAGCGAUGGUAUAUAGGGUAUGUGUUUAAAAUUAAGCUAAAAAUUUUAUAACUGUAAACAUAAAUUUUUAUUUAACCGAAAUUUAUGAUAAGCUUAGAUUUGUGAUGAACUGAUUUCCAUUUAUAAAGUAUUAGCUUAUGGUUGGCAAUGAGCAGAUGUUAUAUUUUAUGUUAGUUGAUUGGAAAGUUUUACAAAAAUAUUUAAUUGAAGCUGUGGGAGUUUUGAAAUUAAUUACGAAAUUUUUUUUUCGAAAAUUUUGCUUGCUCUUCGUAAGAAAGUUUAAUGUAAAAAACAAAGGUGAAGAUAAUGCAAAAGCGCUGAUUGAAGGAUCGUUUAAAGGAUCGAUGCGAAAAAGACAGAACCUCAAUUGUAAAUAGUAAAGUAAUUUUUACUCAUAAACCUAGGUUAAUUAUAAUAAAAAAUUAUUAAUAAAAAAAUAUACAUUAGAAAAUAAAAGAAAUUAAAAUAAACAAAUAACUAUUAAUAGAAAAUAAAAAAAAAAUUAAAAUAAAUAAAAAUAUUGUCACCGUCAGACCGACAACCAAUGUCAAGCUGACGGUUAAGAGGCAGUGAAAAGAGCAGAGAGCAAAAACCAGCGCGUGUAUAUGAAAGAUUAUAGGCUGAUGUGCGUGGCAGCGCUUUCAAACACAAGCGCUAGAAGCGAGUAUCACUCACACACAGCCAAGCAAAAUGUUAUUUCAAUAUUCAACUCUAGUACGUAAUGAAAUAGUGAAUAAUAAAAUGCAUAUUGGUGAGUAAAUGAAGAACUUAGUAAAAAUUUAAACUAAUUUAUUGUUAGCGGAAAUUAUGCAAAAUGUAAUAAUAUUAAAAAAUAUUAAGCAGAAUAUUAAUAAAAUAUGUAUGUGCUAAUGCGCUCUUAUACAUAUGUACAUAUAGACACGUAUAUGUUUAACAUAGGUAUAUAUAACACACACACACAAAUAUACUCAAUUGAAUUCAACAAUCGCACAUUGAAGUAUUAAAAUUUAGUAAAAAUUAAGUUUGGCAACUCUGUGUCGUCGUUUUUGUGUAAUCUAGUGCAAAUGUUGCCACACAACUACAAAUUAAAUAAUAUUUAGUAGCAACUUAAUGCGAUGUAAGCGCUGCUAAUAUUAGCUAUGAUGAGCUGAUAUUAUUAUAUAUAAUGAAAAUAAAAUAACAAUUGCUUGCGGCCAUGCAUACAUACAUACAAACAUAGAGAAUUUUUAAGCUUUUUGCUAUUUUAAUAAUAAGCGGUUAAGUAACACGUAUGCGUAAUUAAUUUUAAAGUGUAAUAUUAGAAACACAAAAUUGUGACAUUCUUGUAAAACCUUUCUAUCGUAUGUAUGUAUUUUUUUUUUUUGUAAAAAUGUAGAAGGUGAAAUUGUUAAUAUUUCGAUAAAGGUCACAGCAAUUAAAGAUGAUUAAAAAAAUAUAUAUUAUUUAAAUUAU